AUGGCGUUGGAUGAAGAGUCAAGCGACCAAAUCAAUCUGGCAGUGGUUGAGGCGGGCACCAAUGCGAUAAAACAUGGGAAUCAGGAAGAUCCAGAGAAACGCGCAUAUUUUGAAUUCAUUAUUCAGCCAGAUCUGUUUACAGUUGUCAUCCAAGACGAAGGACCAGGUUUUGACCGUGAACAAGUUCCAGAUCCAAUGCAGCCCGAAAAUAUCUUCAAAAGUAGUGGGAGAGGGCUGUUUCUGAUCGAAUCAUGUAUGGAUGAUGUCACUUACGAAAAGUCUGGCACACUCGUCAAGAUGGUUAAAAGGCUUGCAUAG